ACUAUUAAUACAGUUUUGCUAAAUGCUACUGCCCGGUAGUGCUAACAUAGUGCUAUGCAAGGUUUGGUUGAUGUAUCCAACAUGCUGUCUUUAAUUUUUCUUAAAUGCUGUCAAUAGACUACAGUUAAAUUUAGCUUUGCAUAUGUCAGCUGGAUUGUUUCGUAUGGGAGUCACUCUUUACGCUAGUUAUUUUGUAAGCAGUUCUUUUUCUCCUUUAAUGUUUUAUUUAAGAAUUGUGGCUUACCAACAAGGACUCUCUUUGGAUGCUGUAAAAAUCAUCUGUUGAAGUAAGUUAAUUAUUUGACUUUGCCAGGUUUUUCAUCGGGCACAAACAACACAUCUUUUUUUAUUGCGCUUUGUUGUAAAAAGUAAAUGUGAAAGUUGUUAUCAAUAUUUUUUGUAAUAAAUUCGACCAUUUUUUGUAUAUCUGGGAUUUUUAUAUGAGUGAGAUCAGUGCUAUUCUGUGAUAAAUGUGAAAAAAAUACAAACAGUUACUAAAUUUUAACAUGCAACGUUUCUUUCCAAUGGGAAGAUGCUUUGAACUUGGAGUCCAAACUUACAGAGGAGGAAAUUCUUCUUCGUGAUUCCUUUAGAGCAUACUGUGAGAAAAAGUUGAUGCCUCGUAUUCUGUUAGCUAACAGAAAUGAAGUGUUUGACAAAAAUAUAAUGCGAGAACUGGGAGAACUCGGUAUUCUCGGCUGCCACCUGAAGGGCUAUGGCUGCGCGGGAGUGUCCAACGCUGCAUACGGUCUUGUCGCUCGGGAGCUGGAGAGGGUGGACAGUGCCUACCGUUCUGUGAUGAGCGUUCAGUCGUCUCUCGUAAUGUUGCCUAUCUACCUCUUUGGAUCUGAUGCCCAGAAAGAGAAAUACCUUCCUAAACUUGCGUCUGGUGAAAUGAUUGGUUGCUUCGGAUUAACAGAACCUAACUAUGGCAGCGAUAUCUCAAAUAUGGAGACAAAGGCACAGUAUCUUGCAGACAAGAAGGCUUACAUUCUGAGGGGAAGCAAGACCUGGAUAACCAACUCUCCUAUAGCUGACAUAUGUAUAGUCUGGGCAGUGUGUGAGGACAGCAAAGUGAGAGGAUUUCUGGUGGAGAGAGGCACUCAGGGGCUAGAGACUCCGAAAAUACAAGGCAAGUUCUCCCUGAGAGCUUCCAUGACAGGGAUGAUACUUCUCGACUCUGUUAUUGUCCCAGAAGAAAAUCUCUUGCCUGGUGUUGAAGGAAUGAGGGGACCGUUCUCGUGUCUGACGUCGGCACGGUUAGGUAUUGCGUGGGGAGUACUUGGAGCAGCAGAGUUCUGCAUGGCUGCGGCGCGCCAGUACACUCUGGACCGUGUACAGUUUGGCCGUCCUCUCGCAGCUACCCAACUGGUGCAGAAAAAGCUGGCUGAUAUGCUGACAGAGAUAACACUCGGUCUGCAUGGCUGCCUCACCCUCAGCCGCCUAAGUGACAGUGGCCUACUGUGCCCAGAACAAGUGUCCUUGUUGAAACGCAACUCUUGUGGCAAAGCUCUGGAGAUAGCACGGGUAGCUCGGGACAUGUUAGGAGGGAACGGCAUCAGUGACGAGUACCACAUCAUACGGCACGUCAUGAAUCUGGAGGCUGUCAAUACUUAUGAAGGAACUCACGAUAUCCACGCCUUGGUCCUGGGGAGGGCCAUCACUGGAAUUCCAGCCUUUUCUUCUGUUUGAUACAAAUUAUGUCUUUAAAAGAAUGUUAAAUAAAUAAAUUGUUUCUGUUGA